UUAAAAAGAUGAAUAAUUUGAAACGGUUUUGGUGAUAAAGAAUCAUCUAGUAGCUGGUUAGAUGAAUCCGAUCAAACAGGUGAACAUGUCUCCCGUUCCCACUCUUUCCUAUAAUGGAUGAAAGUGUGUAUGUGUGUGUGUGAGCUGGUGGGCGGACGUCACCACAGCAACUUGUUUCACAUCUGUUCUGUGUGUUUGUGUCUACAGGUGAACUCUCUGCCAGUUCUCUGGCUCGUUGAUGGGCAGCUAGUGGUCCCUCCUGGAUACCUGAUGCCGGUGCACGACCCCCGCCACGCUGCAACCACCCAGAGCGCCUGCUGCUCACAGAAGAGGAAGCGAGAUGACCACAGCGAGCCGCCAUACGUUAAGAAGCCACCCAACGCCUUCAUGCUCUUUCUGAAGGAGCAGAGGGUGAGUGUGGUGGCUGAACUUGGCCACACCGGGAGC